UUCACCGUGUUUGGGGUUGCAUCUACCGCGUCGCGUGACCGCAUCAGAGUCCACAGCAAAUCAGAAGGCCCUUGGCACACCAAAUCCGAGCAUUUGAAGUACGAAUUCGAGAGUUUUUUUAGCCAGCGGAAAGGUAGCUGGAAAAAUCGAGACAAGUGCAAAGAGUGGAAAGAAAAGUCGCGAUUCUGGGCGAAACGGACUGCUAAUAUGCUGAUGUAGCAUUCAAUCAGCUCGAAAAAUUGUCCAACGAAGGGAACUCGUCACCGAAACAAAUUGUUGCUCCAGCCGCCGGGCAGAGAAGAAGUGAAAACAAAAGCUCAAAAAGCAAAAAAAAAACUAAUUAAAAUAAAUCCAAAUACAUACAAAAUGUCGCCAUUCAUGGAGAAGACGUUGUUGUUGUUAGGCGUGCUCUGCUGCAUACAAGUGACCACUGCCCUGAUGUGCUACGACUGCAACAGCGAGUUCGAUCCCCGCUGCGGCGAUCCCUUCGAGCCGUACUCCAUUGGCGAGGUGAACUGCAGCAAACAGGAGCCGCUGGAGCAUCUGAAGGACAAGUACAAGCCCACCCUGUGCCGCAAAACCGUGCAAAAGAUUUACGGGAAGACCCGGAUCGUGCGUGGAUGCGGAUACAUCCCAGACGAGAACACCGACAACAAGUGCGUGAGACGCUCGGGAACCCACGACGUGGCCGCCAUCUACUGCUCCUGCACCAAGGAUCUGUGCAACGGGGCCAACUCGCCUGCUGGCCAAUGGAUGAUGCUGCCCCUCAUCGUGGUCGCCGGAUUGGCGCUCCUGCUGAACUCGAGGCACACAAUACGAUUCCAGAGCUCGUAAAUUGGGCUCGAAUUAGCGUUUCACUGCGUUCACCUGUACUUAUCGUUUUCGAGUUUGUUUUCAAUGGGUUUUCGAUUCAGUUCUGCAGUUGAUGCUCAUUUAGUUGCAUAAUUUACUUUAAUAUAUCAUUUAAUGUGUUCGUAAGCGUAAAUUUAAUAAGAAUAAUACGGAAAUUAACUUACCUUAUGGGUUCGCAUGCAUUAUAUAAAUCAAACAGGAUAAAACCGAAAAAGGUAACACACACUCUUUUGGGGGCAGUAAUAAAACAACCUUUUUUAUGCCUUUGUUUGAAAUUAAUUUUAAAAUACAGAAAAACUGCCAGUAAAUGUCUCCGCCUAAAAAAAAAAUUCAACCGUCGACCCUAAAAAAAAGAAGUCCUUAGUAAGAAAUGCAGAUCCUUGAUCUACAACAUAAGUCGUAAUCCAAAAUAACUCAAAAUCAGAGAGAUCAAGCGAAAAAGGGUUUUCUUACUCAAUACUUGUGGAUUUAUUUAUGAAAACUUCGUUCUCUUCUUUUGUUCUUUUAAAGUAUAUCCAUUUAAGUUUAUAACUGGGCGAAUCUUUAAAGGCUUGCCCUUCAAAUUUUAAAGAUGAACAUCUAUCAUUGCGAGAAAUACUUUGCAGUAACAAGGAUUAUUUUAUUAUUUGGUGUCAGUUAUAUUUUGGGAUUUUAUCCAUAUUGCCAUUUUGUUUUUAAACUUUUGUUCUGUGAACUAGUCUCAAUACUUGAGAUCUGUUUUAUGUAAUUCAAGAAAAUAAAUGGGGAAGGGCAUCCUCAAAGGCAAACCCUAUAUGAAACCGAUUAGUGCAAGUUCUAAGGAUGAACACCAAUCUUUACGGCAAAGAAGUUGCAAUAAUUUGUAUUCAUAACUCAUUUGAAAGCAGAAAAUCAAUUUUCGUAGCGAGAAAAUAAAGAGAAUAGCAUUGAAAUUUAUACAGAGUAAAUAAAUGAAACCCAAGGAGAA